AUGAUUUUCUUCAACCUGACAUUUUCUUUUGAAUGUAUUGUUUUAUGAUAAUUCAGUAUCACAUUUGAGGAGAGUUUAAAAAGUACCCUACAAACAGAAUUAUUCCUUUUUCCUUACUUUGUAAAUAAAGAUGGGUUUCUCCAUAGUGGGACUGGAGCAUGUUAUAUUGCUUCCUGUUCCUCUUCCUUUUGCUAUGUAUCCCUUUCAACUUUUUGGUCUUUUGGAGGUUUUUGCAGGUUUAUGAUAAGUCUGUCUUUUUGUUCCCUCCUUUUCUCCUUUCCUUUAAAAAGUAGCAGAAAGAAAAAGUAAACCAGUUACAUAGAGGAAGAAAGUUGUGAAAAUUGAAGGAUCCUGUCUAAUACGAGUCCCACCUUGUAUAUCAGAUUAGUGAUCUGUGGUUGAUUUUUCUUCACUGGCUCCUUAUACUACCCCCUAGAAUUACAAAGGAUUGCUCCUUGACCAUAUAACUCUUUGUUGCACCUAGAAACUUAUUACUAUAGAAUGCAAAUACAAAGUGAACUUGAAAAUCAUAUGACAGCUCAGCAGGAAAUAGUUUUAGUAGUUUUCUUUCUUGUAAGAAUCCUAUAAGUUAUUUAUUUAUGUUUGUGUGUAUAUCUCUAAAAUAAUAUAUGUAUAUAAUGUGUAUAUAUGUAUUUUACACAUAUAACAAUACAUUAAUUUUAUCUAGCAAUAUACUUUUUUUUUUUAAAAAGAAGAUUCAGUCUUUCUUUUUUUCUUUUCUUUUUUUUUUAAAAUAUCUUUUGUUUCAUUUGUUUAUUUUUAUGUGGUACUUGGGACCGAACCCAGGGCCUCACGCAUGUGAGGCAAAUGCUCUACCACUGAGCUAUAACCCCAGCCCAUAGCAAUAUACUUUUUAUUUUCAAUUUUUUUUUUAGUUGUAGAUGGACACAUUAUAUUUAUUUUUAUGCAGUGCCAAGAUUAAACCCAGUGCCUCACAUGUGCGAGGCAAGCACUCUACCACUGAGCUACAACCCCAGCCCUAGAAAUAUACUUCUUAAAAGUUUACACAGGGGCUGUGAUUGUGGCUCAGCGGUAGAGCACUCACCUAACACGGGCAGGAGCCGGGUUCGAUUCUCAGCACCACAUAAAACUAAGGGCAUUGUGUUGUGUCCAUCUACACCUAAAAAAUAAAUAUUAAAAAAAAAAGUUUACAUAAAUAAGGAAAAAUGUGAUCCUGUUAGUAAAGAAAUGUGUGCCAUAAGAGGGAGAUAUGUGUGAUGUUAAGACUGUUACAUAAUUUCAAAAAGGUAUUUAAACACCUAUGCUAUUUUUUGUUUCUUUGAAAUGAUAUACUCCUGCAAUGCUGGUGACAGUAUAAAUUUCUGUUUCAGUUAUUUAACAGUUGCAUUAAAUGCAUAAAAAUUUUGUACUCUGAUCUGUCCAACAAGACUCUCUUCUAGAACUGCUAGAAGUUUUUUCAUAAGAAAUAAUUUAAAAGAAAAAAGCUAGAGGAAAAAUGUUCACUGUAGCAUAUUUUAAACAAACAAAAAAAAAUCUUGUAUUUCUAAAAUGCAAAGACCAAGACUACAGUAAUCAGUUAGAUUUUUCUAGUAGAGGACCACUAAGCUCUAUGGGAAGAUUCUUGUACACUUGAUGGUAAAAACAACAACAACAACAACAAAACAACAUGUACUUGAACUUCACAAGUAAAGUACUCCCAGGUUCCUCAGGAAUGUUUUCUGAGGUAAAUGUAUAUCGUUUAUCGGAUCAGCACCCCUUUUACUGAAGACCUGCCUUCCCUCUCACUCUUAUAGUGGGAAUCAACUCAGGCACCUACUCCAGGCAGGGGCUAUCAUUCCCUUUCCAGGGAGUUGCAGAUUUGGGCUGAGAGGUCCCAGGCUGUCUGAUUACUUUCCUGACUGGAGCCAUAAACCCAGGAGCUAUGGGAGGCCAGGUCCUACCAAGCAUACCAAGUAAACAGAGUUGAGGAGAGACGACAGGAGACCAAAACAGACAAACAAGAGCCACUGGAAGUGGGGAAAUGGUCUGUACAAUAUGUCAAGAAGAGUAUUCAGAAGCUCCUAAUGAAAUGGUUAUAUGUGAUAAAUGUGGCCAAGGGUACCAUCAGUUGUGUCAUACACCUCAUAUUGAUUCCAGUGUGAUUGAUUCAGAUGAAAAAUGGCUCUGUCGACAAUGUGUUUUUGCAACAACAACAAAGAGGGGUGGUGCACUUAAAAAAGGACCAAAUGCCAAAGCAUUGCAAGUCAUGAAGCAGACAUUACCCUAUAGUGUGGCAGACCUUGAAUGGGAUGCAGGUCAUAAAACCAAUGUGCAGCAGUGUUACUGCUAUUGUGGAGGUCCUGGAGACUGGUAUUUAAAGAUGCUACAGUGCUGCAAAUGUAAGCAGUGGUUUCAUGAGGCUUGUGUGCAAUGCCUUCAAAAGCCAAUGCUAUUUGGAGAUAGGUUUUAUACAUUUAUUUGCUCUGUCUGCAGUUCUGGACCAGAAUACCUCAAACGUCUACCAUUACAGUGGGUAGAUAUAGCACACCUAUGCCUUUACAACCUAAGUGUUAUUCACAAGAAGAAAUACUUUGAUUCUGAACUUGAGCUUAUGACAUACAUUAAUGAAAACUGGGAUAGAUUGCACCCUGGAGAGCUGGCAGACACACCAAAAUCUGAAAGAUAUGAGCAUGUUCUGGAGGCAUUAAAUGAUUACAAGACCAUGUUUAUGUCUGGGAAAGAAAUAAAGAAGAAGAAGCAUUUGUUUGGGUUGCGAAUUCGUGUUCCUCCUGUGCCACCAAAUGUGGCUUUCAAAGCAGAGAAAGAACCUGAAGGAACAUCCCAUGAAUUUAAAAUUAAAGGCAGAAAGGCAUCCAAACCUAUAUCUGAUUCAAGAGAAGUAAGCAAUGGAAUAGAAAAAAAAGGAAAGAAAAAAUCUGUAGGUCGUCCUCCUGGCCCAUACACAAGAAAAAUGAUUCAAAAAACUGCUGAGCCACCAUUGGAUAAGGAAUCAGUUACAGAGAGUCCUACCUUGGAUUUACCUUGUUCUAUAGGGAGAACUGAGGGUCCUGCACAUUCUUCUAAUACCUCAGAUGUGGAUUUCACGGGUGCUUCCAGUGCAAAAGAAACUACCUCGUCUAGCAUUUCCAGGCAUUAUGGGUUGUCUGACUCCAGAAAAAGAACUCGCACAGGAAGAUCUUGGCCUGCUGCAAUACCACAUUUGCGGAGAAGAAGAGGUCGUCUUCCGAGAAGAGCACUCCAGACUCAGAACUCAGAAAUUGUAAAAGAUGAUGAAGGCAAAGAAGAUUAUCAAUUUGAGGAACUCAACACAGAGAUUCUGAAUAACUUAGCAGAUCAGGAGUUACAACUUAAUCAUCUGAAAAACUCCAUUACUAGUUAUUUUGGUGCUGCAGGUAGAAUAGCAUGUGGCGAAAAAUACAGAGUUUUGGCUCGUCGGGUGACACUUGAUGGAAAGGUGCAGUAUCUUGUGGAAUGGGAAGGAGCAACUGCAUCCUGACUGUAGGACUGAACAUUAUGUUCACUGCACUCUCAUUUUAUGUAGGUAUCGUUCAAAGUCCUAAAGAAGUCUGGCUUUUAACUCUUUCUUAAAACAACAAGAACAACAACAACAAAAAUCACAAAAGAAGAUGAUACUAGCCUUAACAUGUACUUGUUGAUGUUAUGGAUAUUGUCAUAAAAAGAUAUCUUUUACAAAUCAGAACAGAGACUUAAUUUUUUAAAUCUUAAGAUUUGUAGAAUGUUUCUAGGAUAGGAUAUUAAAAUUGAUUCAAACCCAUGCAUGGUGUUAGAUAAUUUUUCUAAUUAUUCCAUUGAGUCAGUUUUUGUGAUUAGUGGUUAUCAGAGCAAACAGAUCAUGUAGAUAGCACAAGUCUUUGGAGAAACAUUGUCUGUUUUGUUACCAAAAUGUUGGAAGAAAUUUAUUUCAAUACCUUUUAGAUUUCAUAAAGUGCAGUGUAUAUAAUGCCUACUGAAAGACUGUAAAAUAUUGAAAUUUUCUUUCAAGCAAAGUGUAAAAAAAAAUAUAUUGAGCCUGUAAAUUGCUCUGUGACUAGACUUCAUUGUCGUCUUAAUAUAUUCUUUGCAUGUACAUAUAUAUACACGUGUGUAUAUAUAUGUGUGUGGAUAUGUGACCUAUGCAAUACAAAUUAUGGGAAUGGGCAGCUUUGGAGUAUAUAUCCCAUAAUUCUUUAUUUCAGGAAUAGUUGCAGUAUUUACACAGCAGCAUUUCUUCUCAGGCUUUUAUUGGGUGCUGUUGCUUGCUAUGUAUGAAGAGAAAUGUGUCAGACAAGUUUAGUGUGUACUGAAGAAGGGUGUGAACAACAGUGUUCAUGGGCUUUUAGAAUGCUUUUCACUUUCAGUCCUUGUAACUCAGCUGUUCCAUACCUAAAACAAAUUCAAAUAAUAUCAACAUCUCCUUUUAUAAGUAACGUUUUCAAUUUUUCAUGGCACAUUAUGAUUGUAAAUGUCUCUCAGUUUUAACAGUAAGUCUGUAGGAGUCCCGUGACGAUUCCUGAAAUGUCUGUAGUAACUGUUAGUAAUGUUUGAAUAAGUGUAGUAUGAACAAAGUAUUUUAUUGCACAGGGUUAACAAACAGUAUGUUGCCAGCUAAGGCUACUGCUGUUUUUUUUUACAACAUUACCUCUUGUUUUUAUAAAAUGUACCAAGAUUUAAAUUGAUAACUUUAUUUUACGUGUAAAAAAAGAAAAUAGUUUCUUUUAUCACCAGUGUUAGAGUUGCCUUGUUUCUUUUUGUUUUGUUUUGUUUUCUUUCUUAGCCAAAGAGUAAACAGAAGAAUAUUCUUAUUUUGGUGGCUAUUCAUUUUACUUUUACAAAAUGGCUGGUGGAUUUUAGACUAAUAAUUGGGGAAUUUGCCACCAAAAUGAAAAAUAUAUAAAGUGUAGUGAUGACAGAGUGGUAAAAAUGUGGGUUAGUACUUAUUUAUUCCAUUAAUUGAUUAUUUGACUGUUUGUAAAGAAAGUUGCUUUAUUUCUUUAAACAUCUUCAAAAGAUGACUUUUUCUCGUCACAUAGCCAAAAGAAGCAGAGAACUGCGUUGUCCUGCAUUUGGUUCCUGGUUGACCAGGUAUAAAUGAGCUUUACAAAAGUGCAAAUUAAAAACUGUCACUUCUGUUUACCUCCACCAAAACUUGAUUUCCCCCUAGCUAUUAAUUUAAAGUUGCCUUUCCUGCAGCUGCAAUAUUUUGAAUAACACACAGAGUUUGUGUUGAUUUUUGAAUGUUUGUUUAUGUCUAGGGGUAAUGGAAAAUGUAAAUCCCGUGUAACCUUAUUCACUCCACCUGUAUCAUAUUACUUCAUUUCCCCCAAAGUCCUUGAAUUCUAACUGAACACCAGCAGUAUUUUUAGUAACUCUUUCUUGAACAUACUUGGAAGACAAUUUAUUGAGCUGAACUGUCUUUAGACGUAAUUAUUGUGAAUGUCUGUUUUAUUUUAUCAUGGUGGUUCACAUGGCUCUGAUGUUCAGUUUGUAUUUUUGGAAUUGCUUUACUUAGAAUUAAAACAGACCAACAUUAAAUGUGUGUAUUUUUUAAAGA